CGCGAAACCCUAACCCUAGUUUCAGCGGCGGCGACGAUGGUGUCCGGCUCAGGGUUGUGCACGCGGAGGGUGGUGGUGGACGCGCGGCAGCAUAUGCUGGGGCGUCUGGCGUCGAUCAUCGCCAAGGAGCUCCUCAAUGGGCAGCGCAUCGUCGUCGUUCGUUGCGAGGAGAUCUGUAUGUCUGGUGGGCUUGUUCGCCAGAAGAUGAAGUUCCUUCGCUUUCUCCGCAAGCGCAUGAACACCAAGCCCUCUCAUGGCCCUAUUCACUUCCGAUCCCCCGCUAAGAUCCUCUGGCGCACUAUUCGCGGGAUGAUUCCGCACAAGACGAAGAGGGGAGCGGCGGCGCUGGCGAGGCUGAAGGCGUAUGAGGGUGUCCCGCCACCAUAUGACAAGAUGAAGAGGAUGGUUAUUCCGGAUGCUCUCAAGGUUCUGAGGCUGCAACCAGGGCACAAGUACUGUUUGCUUGGGCGCCUCUCUAAGGAGGUCGGAUGGAAUCACUAUGACACCAUCAAGGAGUUGGAGGAGAAGAGAAAGCAAAGGGCACAGGUUGCAUAUGAGAGAAGGAAGCAACUGACGAAACUACGCCUGAAGGCGGAGAAGGCAGUUGAAGAGAAGCUCGGAACCCAGCUUGGCAUUCUCGCACCAUUGAAAUAUUAGUCGCCACUCAUUUUUCCUCUAUCUAAUGUUCCUUUCUGUCGAAUUUUUCAUCGAAUUUUUCUACCAUUAUCAAAGACUUUGUUUGAUAAAUCUUGCUUCUUCGCUGGGGACAUACCCACAAAAUUUUUUAGCCUGUGAUUGUUAUUUAA